AUUGCACGGCCGGUUUAAGAACAUGACCCGCAGGUUUCGCUUCUCCCCGAGACGACGCCAGUACUGUGUGCUUACUUCGGCCGUGGUCCUGCUAAUGGUGGUGCUGGGCGUAAUGGGCUAUCUUCUGAGCGGUAUGCACUACUGCUUUGACGUGCUGGUUGAGUGGAAGAUAUCGAAAAUAUGCAAUCAGUAUUACACGAACGAAAUCACGGGCUACAUGUGUCCGGAGCUGUGUGCCGGUGAUACCAUAUCGGAGUUCCACUGUCCACCGGCCCCACAAACCUUCAAUCCGAACCGCUUUCUGGCACGCAAAGCCCAACAGUUUGGGUGGUUAAGCACGCCGUUCCGGACGCAAGCUACGAGAAGCUGUCCUGGAUCGAUAGCCACCGUCAGGAGGAACACUUUCCAACGGAAGCGGAGUACGUGGGCAUUGUGCGACGGUACGUCGAGCUGCGGUACAAUCUUCAGCUACCGUUCGACAAGCUAGCUAGCUUGCUGAAGUUGAAGAACAAAAACAAUCACAUUCUGUUUCGGGCCAGCAUGCGCAACAGCUGGAACCUGAUCCAGAACAACGAGUACCUGUUGAGCCGGCUGUACGAGGAGAAGGAGAUCUUCCCGCAGGUGUACGGUACGUGCGGCGAUCUGUUCAUUACCGAGCUGCUCGACACGGUGGAGUUCGACGAGCGUCGGUACCACUUUACCAACCACAUCGAUCUGUCCAAGUGGCGCUACCAUCUGAAGGUGGCGGUGCUGAUACUGGACUACCUGGACGAGAUGGCCCAGAACCGGUUCCAGAUGUGUGCGGUACUGUUGGCCGGAUUCGGUAUCAGUGACAGCCGGAUGAAGUAUCACGAUUUGCGGUACAUCAGUACGGAAGCGUCCAUCGAUCGGGCAGCUGUCGGAUGGGCGUUG